UUUGACGUUUCUAAUUUCAAAUUUUCCAAUUUUCAAACGAACUGAGAAAAAUUUGGGAAAACCAAUUAGUUACUUUAUGUUUCUUUUUUAAAAAUGUUAUUUCUUUAUAUUUAAUUUCGUAAUUUUUUUCUCUAUUAGUAGUUGAUUUAUUUAUAUAAUGGAUGUAUCUGACAGAAAGCAAAUAUCUUAUACCGACGUCUUGGACAAACUUUCGGAUUUCGAUUCCGAGUCCGAAGCCGAUUACACCUGCAAUGAAUUGUCAGAACCCAAAAGUGAAAGAAAAAAAUAUUCGGAUCCAAAUGACAACUUUGUUGAAUACUUUGACUCCAUAUUAGCAGAAAUCUUGAGUGUAUGUUGUGUUGGUAACUGUAAUUGUUGUGAAAAAAUUAAAAAUGUUAUUAUCAGAUGUCAGCAAUGUUCAAACAACUCACUACAAAUACAGGAUGAAGACAUUUUAUCGAAUGAUUUUGACUUUGAUUCACCUGAGAACUAUUCAGAAACAAAUAAAAAUAAAAAAAUUCGUAUACUAUCCGACAUACAAGUUAGGGCUCCUCUUUACCAAUCACCACAAAAAAAUGAGGCUGAAACAGAUUCUAAAGCACAAUUUAAUGAGACCAACUUGGAUAAACUUUUUGAUGAACUGGCAGGAAUUACAACUCGGUUUGAACAACCAAAUUUUAAUGGACGCUUAAGUAAGAAAAACCCAGGCACACAAAAUAAAAGGAAGAAUAGCAUAAGGGAGAGUACAAAAAGGACAAAACAUCCGAGAAAAGCUAAAAACUUGGACAUUUCUUAUAAUGAUAAGGACAUUUCAUUGAAUGGUACACGAAACAGCCCAAAACAUCCUAAAAACUCAGAUAGAUCUUUUGUCAAUAAGGACACAUUGAAUGGAAGCUUGAGCAAUGAAGAAAAUAAAUGGAACAGUGUGAUGCAAAUUUUAGAUUUUAAUGAAGAUAAAGAUUUGAAUAUCAGUGGUGAAUUGGUGGAAGGGAAUAAAACAAAAAUUAACUUAACGCACAGUACAAAAGGCACAAGACACCCAAGAAGAGCUAAAAACUUAGACAUAUCUUACAUCGACAAGGAUACAUUGAAUGGCAGUUUAAUCCAAGUCAGCAAUGCAGUAAAAAAACAAAAUAGUGUGAGGCAAAUGUUGGAUUUUAAUGAUGAUAAGGACAUCAGUAUGCAUACCAGUGAUAAAGAAAGAUGGAAAAGUGAGCAAAGUUCUUUGCCUAAUUUGAAUGGAGAUGGCGAAUUAGUUAAGGAAGAUAAAACAGAAAUUAACAUAAGGGACAGUACAAACGGCACAAAACACCCGAGAAGAGCUAAAAACUUAGACAUAUCUUACAUUGACACUGACACAUUGAAUGGCAAUUUAAUCCAAGUCAGCAAUGAAGUAAAAAAACCAAAUAGAGUGAGGCAAAUGUUAGAUUUUAAUGAAGAUAAAGAGGUCAGUAUGCACAUAGGUGAUGAAGAAAGAAGCAAAGAUGAAAAUUGUUCUUUGCCUACUAUGAAUGUCGGUGGUGAAUUCAUGGACAGUACAAAAGGCACAAAACACCCGAGAAGAAGUAAACACAUGAAUAUAUCUUAUAAUGAGAAGGACAUACUCACAUUUAAUCCCAAGAAAUCAGUUAUGGGCAGAAUAAUCGCGCACCGUUCAUUGCCCAAAUCAAAUUCAGCUGGUAGAAAAGCCAACAAGGAGCAGAAGAGAAAAACCAAACAAAAACCAGUGACAACUCCAAAGUCAACGUUAAAAGAAAACGAUGAUAAUAAACUAUGUGAUCAAACCUUCUCUAAGUUGCCAACGAAACGGUUUAGAAAAUUGUACUCGCCCGAAGACUGGAUUAAUUCGCAAGAGUUCGAAAAAAAUUUGCUUGUUAAUGAUUGAUUCAGAAUGUGGUUCAUUUUAUUGGGGAGGUAUAUACAAGUUUUUUUUACACGCAUAUCAGGGAUUUGAAGCAAAAAACUUCUUGUAUAAAUAAAAAAAUUGGUCUGUAAUUUAUUAUUGUUAUAUUUAAAGGUUCUAUAUUGGUUUUUUUUUAAAGGAAUGCUUUUUAUGUCUAUACAUGCUUAUUUAUGUUACUUAUAAUAAAUGUUUGAUAAAGGGUA